UCUGGAAGGUGGAUUUCCCCUACGAGGAAAAGAUGGUCGGGUACAUCACGGGCUACAGCAGGAGGUUCUGGCAGGGCAGCACCGACCACCGCGGGGUGCCGGGCAAGGAUUAGUGCUCGGAGGCCCCAAUUAGAACCAGGGCCUCACCAUCCUGGGCAUUGUACAAACAUACUCUUAAGACAGUUCCUGCCUCUUGGAGCUUAUAGUCUAAGAUCACUAUCUGCAACUGCCUCAGUACAGAUGGACUCCCUUGUGCCUAUGUGGAGCCUCACUGACUUUGGUGGCAUCCAUCUACAGUUCCAGGAACUGGGUAUAAGUAGGGACAAGAUGCAACAAGAACAAAAUGGAGGAGGGAAAAGAAGACCAGGGUGAUAGUACCAAGUUUGAGACAAAUACAUUUGAAUUUGGUCUGUUUAUAUAAUUAAGUUUAUCGUAAGCCAACAUAGAGACCAAUACAAGUUGAUUAUUAUCAACAUUAUUUGUUAUAUGGUGGUAACACCCGAAGAUCCCAGAGGAGAAUGAGGUCCCAUUGUGUUGGGCACUGUGCUACCAUGUAGGGAGAAACUUAUUUUAACUUAAGGUAGAAGUGCAAGGAAAUAGUUUAAGUGAUCGAUUAAAAUGGGAGUACCUAGAGGAGGCUGAUGUUAUUAAUUUUUAUUGUGUUUAUACUGAUCCUUUCAGUACUUUUUCAAAACUUAAGAAAACCUGUCUACCUUGCACACACAACCAAAUACAUCCUAAGAAUAAGUCAUGCCUUCUGCUUCAAAAUACUCUAGUUUCCUUUCAUAAGUAUUAGGAAGUGACCAUUUCAGGUGUGACUUCCAACUUAUGAUUGUAUGAUGCCAACAAUGUACUAGGUGCUAACUGUUCCUUGUAGUUCAGAGACUCUUACUGCCUUAAAGUCAUUUUUUUGUAGCUAAAUCGUAGACUUUCACAUUAUAGGACAUCUUUUAAGCAAUGCAAGACUUCUAAGAUAGCAAUGGCAGCAGGAAUAACCAAAAAGAGUUAAUUUCAGUAGUUGAAACAAAUCCCAAACGAUAAUGUGCAUCUAGCAAAAUAGCCAGGAGAAAAUAAAUCUCAUUUUUGUUGAAUCUUAAAAGGGGGAGAAGUAUGAAUCUAUAAAUAGGACGCUAAAGCAAAGUGGAGAUGUGCGCAAACUACUUCAUUCUGUGUGGGCUUUACCAUUUAUAGCCUGUUGAUAAAACUAAAAGAGGAGAGAUUUUAUCCUAUUUUUUUAAUCUGGUGUUAAAAAAAAAAAACCCACAGGAUUAUGAAGUUAAAAACAAUUUCCAGUUGUAAGCAUCCUUUCCAAUUUCCUGUGGACAGGUGUAUUUUUCAAGUGAUAGGAAGGAGCAUAAUAUAGUUUUACUGCAUUUUGAAAUCCUGCAUCGCUCUCACUGCACAAGGGCUAUCACCCUUAUAUAAUUCUAAAUAGCUCAACAAAUGCUAAGGAAACAAUAGGUUACAGAAACAUCCAGCAAAUUAGGGGAAUGACAUUGAUGGGACAGGGCUAUGUUAUUUACAGUUGCAUAUGUGGCUAAUUAGUCAUCAGAAAUACUUAACUGAUCAUUAACAUACUGGACGUGGUAUAUGAAAAUGGGCCAAAUAUUCAAGUUUCCCUAAUUUAUGAAAGAAAAAUGGUAAAUGCUAAUUUUAUUUAAUUAAAAUACACUUUUCUGUUGUUCACUGAGGUUUUUCCCCCCAAAGCGGUCACCUCAUUUACACAUCAUUGGCAACUCCAAGCUAAAACUGGAGACUGACUUAGAAAGAGAGCAGCUCUAGUGAAGACGUAAGAAUUAUACUAAUUGAAAAAGGAAAUGCUGCAUUUUCAAAAGGAGGAUGCAUAGGUUCAUGCGACCAUGGAUCAGUAAUAAUUAAUUUAUACAAAAUUUUUAUGUCUCAGAUUUUUUUUUUUUUUUUUUUUUUUUUUUUUUAAACACCAAGACAAUCCUAUCAUUGGAUCAAAAUAAUGAUCCAUAUUUUAUUUCUGAAGAGCUUUUUCAGAUUACUAGGACCCUUAUCAACCCAGGAUGAACUUCUGGAAUGCCAAUAAAGACCUACAAACGGAUUGACAGGAAACAUCAAGUACAAUCUUCCCUGCAUUUGCUGGAAGACCUCUUAGGCCUGGUCUACAUAGAGCCUGGAAGAGUUGUGACUCUUGUUGAAGAUCCUGAGGGUUGUGUAUGGGGUGUUGCUUACAGAUUGCCCGCAGGACAAGAAGUUGAAGUAAAGGCAUACCUCGACUUCAGAGAGAAAGGAGGCUACAGGACUACAACUGUCAUUUUCUAUCCAAAAGAUCCCUCAAUAAAACCAUUUAAUGUGUUGUUAUAUAUUGGAACUUGUGAUAAUCCUAACUACCUUGGUCCAGCACCCCUAGAAGACAUUGCUGAACAGAUUUUUAAUGCAGUUGGUCCUAGUGGAAGAAACACGGAAUACUUGUUUGAACUUGCCAAUUCCAUCAGGAAUCUUGUACCAGAAGAUGUGGAUGAGCAUCUCUUCUCUCUAGAGAAACUAGUAAAGGAACUCUUGGAAAGAAACAAAAACCUCAACUGCAUAUAAAAAUCAUUUAAUAGUUUCAAAUAAGCUUCUCCUUUCAUCUUCAGAAUUACGGUUUCAUUGCACAACGGGUAUAUGAUUUGGAGGCAUGUUUAUCUGUACUAUGCUAUCUUAUUUAUUUUAAUGUUGCAUUCAAGACACUGUAGUUAAGGGUCACUAGAAGAUUCCAUUGUAAAACCAUAUUUUCAGGAGUUUAUAACAAUGGGGGGCAGAAGCAUUUCAGGUUUGAAUUUGGUAUACAAGAUUUUAGCCAAAGAGCAUAUUUUUCUUUUUCAAAAUUUGAAGAAAAUCAACUUUGGCCCUUUAUUUUUUGAGGGAAAUUUUAAUUUUUUGGUGAUUUCAGGUUUAAGUUGUUCUAAAAAAAAUAGUUAUCUUUAAACUACCUUUAGGACCAAGUCCUGCACUCAGACAAAAUUCCCACUGAUUGAAGUGGUAGUUCUCUCUGAGUCAAGACUCCAGGAUUAAGUCCUUAAUACAGCUAAAAGAUAAAUGUUUUAAGUAGCUACUCUACAUGUACAGUAAGUACAUGGCAAAACAUUUAUCGUAUAAAGGUUCAACUCCAUUAGAACUAAGCUAUUCCAUUGAAUCAAUAGUUUUACUUUUGGUAUAUCAGUUUGUCAUUAGACACAAUGGGCAAACAGUUGUGUUAUCAAAGAAAUUACUCUUUCCCUUGAUGCAUUAGGUUAUUCAUGGUGUCAAACCCUUAGAAACAAAAAUACGGUACAUUGACACAAAUAAGCCAUACCGUAUCAGUGCCUCAUUUCUUUUAUUUUAAAAUUACUGUAAACAAAAAUAAACCUAAACUGUUAAAGUAACUGAGGAUAUGACUUGAAUCCACAAUAUAGCAAGAAUGUUCUGAAACUCCCAUCUUUAAUAACUGUUUGCCUUCACAUGCCUAUAUAAAUCCCAUUGAAAAUCAAGAAGAUUUUUCCAACUUUUGAGGGCAGAAUUUGGCCUAACUGGCCUAACUAUUGCAAUACAAAGGCAUAAGGAGUUUCUGUCCCAACUAUGAAUUUUCUUGCUUCUCAGAGUUUAAGUUAUUUUCUUUAAUCCCUUAAAGCAUAUUUUUGUAUUUUAAUAUAUAAAAGGUCCUCUUUGAAUGUAAUGUAGUACCACAUCAUACAGCAAGAGUAUUUAUAUAUGUUCAGUAAUCACAUGAAAACCGGUCUUAUUUUCCAUCAGUAAUAGCACAAACAUUACAUGAUUUAUGUUUGUACACACAGGUAGUCUUUUCCUCUUUUCUGUCAGUUUUAUAUUUGUAGCUGGGCAAAAAAAAAAAGUCAAGUCAUCAAAAUGACUGACUGACAUAAUUUAUACUUUACCACCUAUAGAAAACAAAUUGUAAACUGAAUGUUACAAAAUAACAUUCAAGUCAGGCACCUAUGUAAAUAGGCUGCAGUACAUAAAAUGCAUUCAAAACAGUUGAUUUAAAACAUGAAACAAAGAGCUUUUGCAUUUAAGACCAGGAUUGUAAUUUUUGUCACCAUAUUUCUGGCAUCUAUCAAAGGAAUGUAGAUCUAGGAAGCACAAGUCUACCUGUUAAAUUUUCAAAAGCUAUUAACAAGAGGAGAACAAAGUGGAGGUUAAUGCUUUAAUUCUACAAUAUUAUUAGUACAUAAGAUAUCAAACUUGAUGGACCAGUCUAAUCAGAUGACCAGGGGAUUUGCCUCAUAUCAUAUAUAUUGGGGACCUAUUCUCCCAUUAAUACUUCAGUUCUUUGCUAACUUAUGAGAAAUAGAUCCUGUUGGUUUCAAAGGUCUUUAUUCUCCGCUAUGUUACACUGAUGCAAGACUGAUGUAACAGAGCAGAGAAUCAGGCCCAGUAAAUUCCCCUGGACAGUAAGGCUAAAUAUAGGGUCAGAAUAUUCAGACUUCAGUAGCUAAAUGUUAGCCACCUAAAUAAAGUGACCAAAUUUUAAAAGGUGAUAAGAACAGGCAUCUCCACUAACACCAAUGGGAGGCUCUGAAAAAUCCAGUCACUUAUGGUGCCUGAAUAUGGAUUUAGGAUUUUAGGCAUCAAAGUUUGAAAAUGUUUGCCUACAUCAAUAUAUCAAGAUCCUUUAAAAAAAAUUAUUCCCUUUGACAUGGAGAAUAAAUACUCACUAAAUGUUAAUUGUAUACUUUAAUGUUCCAGAAAUGUUAUGUAUGGCACCCUUUAAGGAGUAUGUAAACACUGCAAAGGGAUACUGAUUGUUGUUUUCAAAAAGACCAGCAUUUCCUUUCCUGUGCAUGUCUGGGCUUUGAAUACACGGUUGUAAAUUUAAAGCGUACAUCAGAUGGAGUUGUAAAAUCUAUGUAUUUUCAUUAAUUUCUCUCUCUUCUGUCAAAGGCUUAUUUUUGUUUGUCAUGAGAUGGUGGGGAAAGUGUAUAAACCCCUUUAUCACUUCAAGAACUCCCUAAUCACAUCAAUGAUGAUACUCUUAAAUAUUAUGCUUAUUUAAGCACUAGUGUCGGGGCAUUGGGAUUCUGUAUGGCUCUAAGUUUGGUAAUUUAAUUUUAUUCAUAUCCAAAACACUGUUGGUUCAAUCUCUUUUCCAGAUUCAUAAUAGUUGCAAUAAUACCUGUAAUGAUACAUUCCAUUUUGUGCAUAUAACUUCAGUACAAUAAAAUGCAUCGCGUAUUUAAUUGUG